UGCUCUGGAGUGCAUCCUUGACGUGAUUCAAAUGUAUGACCCCAAAUAUCACAAGAAGAGAUAUUUCCUUGAGCAACAGAGUAGGAAAACUGGCAAAAAACCGACCUUCAGGGAUAGGCUUGAAUAUGUCACUGAUGAUUUCAAUGACCUAUUCCAAAGGUAUCUCAAAUAAUACUUAUAAUUAUCUCGAAGACAAGGGUGUCAUAGACUCAUGACUAGAGUAUUGUCAAGAAAUGUAUGCAACAACUGUUGGGCUAUCUGAAUAUUUCUAUACAGAUUUUUUAAUCCCACUCGGAGAAGGCCUCUUAUUAAUUUACUCAGUCACAGAGAUGAGGAUAUAUUUCUAUUGACUAAAUUUCGACUACAGCUGGAUCUUAGAAAAGAUCUCAACUCUCCUCCAAAACACUAAGCUUCUCUUAACAAAGCAGUGGCUACGUCUUGACUAUGACUGCGAUGGAAAAGUGUCUCUUGACGACAUUAUAAGCACUGUUUCAUUUCUCUAUAAUUCUGUUUCGACUUUCUACGAACAAAAUCUGCAGAAAUCUCCUUUAUCAAAGAUGCUGGUCCAAGGAGCUCCUAAAAUCAGAAGGAAAAAGUUUUAAAUUCUCUCAAUUUUCCUAAA